AAGAGACUGAUAAAUUGAGUCAUUCAGUGACUUAUUUACAGAAAUGUGCUUUAAAGCGUAAAGGAAGCUCUGCAUUUCAUUUAAGAUGAGAUCAAGUCAUUGGGUGAUUGUUGACCACCAGAGGGUGGCAAAGGUGUUGCAGACUGUUUCCGGAUGACAAGAUCUGAUAGGGAGACUAAGGAAAAAGUUGAGACAAAAUCUGUUUCUGCUUCUUUUUGGAGUUUGAAGUUUGGAGACAGUUUAUUUGUCUGCAGAAGUGACACUGAAUGGUGUGGUAAAUGUGGAGGACAUGACUGUGACAGAGACUGUGUGACUGAACCAGAGUGUGUCCUUUGUAAAGGCCAUCAUGCGGCAUGGGAGGCUACCUGUCCGCAGAGAGUGAGAGCAGCCACGCUGUGUGCGUCCUGUGAGGUGAAAAUGAAUAAGGACACUGGAGUGCAGAGCAUCCUACAAGCGCUCGCAAGCCACGAUGAAGAAGAGGAUGAGGAACGGAAGGUGACAGAAAACGAGGAGUCCAGAGCCUGCGGUGUGUAUGGAGAUCUGGCCAAAGGUUACCACUUAAAUGCCGUGACGUGUGAAGGCUGCAAGGGCUUCUCAGUGGUCAUGUCUGAGGAGGAGGUAUUGGUGAGGAGGAUCAGAUUCCAGACGAGGAAGGUGCUUUACACACCAGUACAACUUUCAUUCCAACAAGAGGAAACCAUUCAAGAGCUGCUCUGCGGCCACCGCAACUCCUUUGACUCAGCGUUUUAUCGCUUUAGUGGUUAUAGGGUGUUUGAAUGACUGCCAGGAGGUUUGAGGCGUUGUCUUCAUCAUUGUUUUGACAUGUCUGUACGACGCUUGAGAAACGUUCUUUUGCGAGUGAGUAAAACCAGUGUGAAAACUCCCUCUGCUCCAUCUCCACCUCCCUCUCGCCCUCCUCAUCCACUCUCUCUGGUGAAAAACAAGAGAACCAAGAGGUCAGAAACGGCAGUGUUUUCACUGCUCUUUCACACAUGGCUGACCUCACCAAUGUGUGCCUCAGAGUAUAUAUAUAUUUUUUCUUUUUCUUUU